UCAUCUUUCUUUGGUCCAAAUAUUCUCCUCAGCGCCCUGUUCUCAAACACCCUCGGCCUAUGUUCCUCCCUUAACGUAAGAGAUCUAGUUUCACUCCAAUACAAAACUGUCUGUGUGAAUGAUUUACAUGUAAAGCUUUCCAUUCUUAGUGUUUAUGUGAAAAUUUCUCUUAUAUAAUCAAACGAAUAUGGGUAUGCAAAAGUCUCAUUUUGUCAUUCUACAGUGGGCUAUCAAUUGCAGAACUGGGGGGGGGGGAAGCAGAUAUGAAUAAUGGGAUCAUAUUAGAUGUCCCACCAACAUAACAUGAUUAAAUGACACAUAGCAAAUCCACAAAACUACUAGAUUUGAGAAAAUUCAAACAUAUUUAAAAUGAAAAAUGCCAGUGUUCCAUUGAUGGUAUGUUCUUACAAAUCACAAAGCAAUCACACUGAGCUGUGAUAGCUGUCAGUAUAGUGACUGGGUACAGGAUGAAUGAUUAGGGUUCGACUCCCAACAGGAAUCAUUCUCUUUGCCACCACCUUAGGGCUAGAAUCUGAGGUCCACCCAGUAUUCCAUCCAGUUGAUACUAGGGAUAAAGUGGCUGGAGCGUGAAACUGCCUACUCAUCUCCAUCUAGUGCCGUGGCUACGAAUGCGAUCAGCUAUACAGCCGUGUCUUCCUACUUCGAGUUGUGGUGGUUAAUUAAGCACAGAAACAACUUUAAUUUACUAAAGAAACUGCUAAUACUUUAAUGUAUUUCUCCUCCCAUUAUUCCUCGGUGUUCCAUUAAAAGCUGCCAACAUACUAUAAUUUUGGAAAUGAUGAAAUUUAUGGAUUAGAACAUAUGUUGGUAGGGUUGGUAGGCACCUGUAUGGCGGGAAUAUACAUAUGAUAAGUGUAUUUUAUUAUUUUCGUCUUAAUAUCUUUCCGUAUGUGUAUGAAGUAACACGAUAUUUUAAAAUGAGUGUGAUUUAAAUUAAAGUGUAUAUAUCCCCCUACUGAAUAUAAGACAUCUGAAAUUAGUUUGUAAACUAUAAUAAUAUUAUCACGUCUUUCUGUUAAAAAAAGCUACUGCGAUAAAAAUUGAGUUUAAGUGUUCUGACGCUAAGGGAAACCGUUUUAGUGGACGUUUUAAGAAGAAAUGCCGAUUUCCUGGACGAAUUUGGGAGUAUCAUUGAUUCUUGUAAUAGUUAUUCCAGAGAUUGUGUUGUAUUACAGGAACCGAUUUAAAAAACGUUCUGAAACAAGUUCAGAUCAUAUGAAUGAGGUUAUGUUUUUUACAGAUAAAGGAUUAGAUUGUAAAGAACAUGUCUACAGCAGGUUAACCUGCUUGAAAGAAUCUUGCGCCUAUCGUAAUUUGAGACGUCUUAUUCAACUGGUGGAAGAAGCUACAUCAUCUUUAGACAUUUGUAUGUUCUUCUUCACUUGCCAAGACUUAUCGGAAGCUAUUAUUAGCGUGCAUAGGAAAGGUGUCAGAGUGAGAGUUAUAACUGAUGCUGAAAUGGCAGAUGGCCGUGGAACCCAAAUACCUGAGCUCAGGAAAUAUGGAGUACCAGUGCGCAUGAAGAAGUCUGUUUCUCUGAUGCAUCACAAAUUUAUCAUAAUCAAUAAUCACAUGCUUGUAAGUGGUUCCUGCAAUUGGACAAUGAAAGCAUUUACAGAAAACUGGGAAAACAUUUUAGUGACUUCAGUGCCAAAUCUUGUUAUGCCUUUCAGUCAUCAUUUCUCCCAGCUGUGGAAAGAAUUUUCAGAACUUGAUUACAAAUUUCAAGUUUAAUCUGAAGGACUGUAUUUAUAUACGAUUUCAUGGUAUCUCACUGCAGUGACUAUGAAGGUUAUUGUCUUCUGGCAGGUGACACUAUACAGUCUGGUAGAUUAUUACCAACAUUUCAGAGCAAUCGGCUGCCUUCCAUUUUCUAUCCUGAAACACUGGCACUUAAACACAGCUUGGUAUCACCAAAUGGGUCUGUGUAGCAGUAAUGCUCUAGGCCAGUGGUUCUCAACCUUUGUGAGGUUGCGGCCCAGUAAAUUCUUUUUUUAUAUAAGACAAGGGCCAGGCGGUUGACAAACACUGCUCUGUGCUUAUGUUUGAGAGGCACUUGGUUUGAAUCUCGGUCAGGAGACCGGCUAUCCUGAUGCAGCUCUUUUGUGGUCUUCCUCAGUCCCUCCAGGCAGGUGCUGAGCCAUGAAUGCUUCCGUCCAAAUCCCCUCUAGUUCAUUCACUAGUCCUGCCAUUAAGAGAGUUCUGCCUUUUGGGAUAUAAUGCCGCGUAGUCUGUUGAAAGUCCUCCGUUGUUUUGGAGGAAUAUGUCAGCUCGAAAAUAUUGGUUGACUUUCAACUGACAACAUGGCAUUGUAUCCCAGAAGUUGUAACUUCUCAUAAUUACUGCUGUGACAACCCAAAUCCUACUUCCCGUCAUUCAGCAAAGGGAACACACGGUAGCAUAGUUGGUUGAGGCAUUAUGCUACAAGCCAGAAGGUCACAGGUUUGAUUCCUGAUGAGGUCAU